UGGCGGUAACGUAAAUUAUUCAGCGUGUACUUUGUAAGUUGAAAGGUCACGGAGCAGAAUUUCAUGUUGUAGUACGUGUGCUUCUGACGGGCUAGCCAGCUAGCUGAAGUUACAGAAUUGCAGUGGGAAUCAUGGUACUACUUGAAAACGACUCGUUUUUGACGGAGCUGACACGGUUGUUCCAGAAAUGCAGGACCACAGGCAGUGUUGCCAUCACGUUAAAGAAAUAUGACGGGAGAACCAAACCAGUCCCCAGAAAAGGCCACCCAGAGAGUUAUGAACCAGCAGACAACAAGUGUCUACUCAGAGCGUCAGACGGCAAGAAGAAAAUCAGCACAGUGGUUAGCACCAAAGAAGUAAUCAAGUUCCAGAUGGCAUACUCUAACCUCCUGAGAGCACAUAUGGACGGCCUUAAGAAGAAAGACAAGAAAAGCAAAAGCAAGAAAACCAAAGCCACCCAAUGAGCAACAGACUCUUUCAUAGCAUACUGGCGGAACCCAGACUUGCCUGUACCACCUCCUAGACACUCUUAACUAUCAUCUCUACCCCCAUCCUUCCUGCUGCUGGCUGCGGCCCACAAUCUUCCACCUGGGGACUGCUUUGACAUCAUGCCAUUGUUUACACAGCAGUGUCUCAUCCCUGGCCAGUGAAUGGUAUCGGUCUAUAAGGAUGAAGGGAGAGCUGAGGAGUUUAACACUCAGAGAGGAUACUAUAAGUGAGCUGCCUUUUUAGAUCAACCCCCCCACCCCAAUGUCAACAUCUCUGGCCUGGAUCCAAGUUACACAGAGAGCUGCAUCGUUUAUGUAGUCACGGAAAGGAUGGAGCGUGUUGAUAAAAUGCCUUUCAAAUCGUUUUCAUUUUAACUACUACCUAUUUAGUCAGUUCGGUUUGCAUGCAUCAAUUCGAUUACAUGUUCACUAAAGUUCUGAUUUACUUUCCAACCGGACCUUGUCUUAACCAUUUAUGGAUAGAUGAUUAAAUGUGUAACUAUAUACUAACUACGAGUGAAGCUGCCACAUAUAUUUGUUAGGGUUGGGGCUGAAUGUUUUUUUUGCCAUUCGGAAAAUGUUAGAUUAUUAUAUUUUACGGUGGAAAGUGAGAUACAGAAUUGUUUUUGUUUUUACUUAAGAAGUUCCUUAUUGGUCCAAUUAGUUCUUCGUCACUCAUGUGUCCACUUAAUGAAGGUGGUAAAUUCAUAGUUGUAAGCUAAGCUGUAAAGCGAGGAUCCAAAAGUUAGCUGACACAUUGUAAGGCCUUUAUUGUACUGUUGGAUUAUCAAUUCAAAUGCAGAAAAGCUGUAGCCUCUUAAUUUGUAGGAUGUAUUUGCCAUCUGAUGGAAGAUUGAGUGAGGGGGAAAGUAUUUAGAAACUUCUGAAUAAUAUAGUAUAUUUACUGGUGGCUGAAAGGCAUAUUUGAUUUAUGGAUACAGAGAGAACCUUGUACUUGAUAAAUUUAGUUUUUAAUCAACAGGCUUGGUUUUCCUUACUGGGUGUAAACCUAACCAUGAUAAUUAUCAUUAAGGAUUAUAAUUACUUUCCAGUGAAUGACACACAGCUGCAGCUUUUAACACACAUGUCAGAUGAAUGAUGUCAUGUCAUCGUUUAUCACAAUGUCAUUGAGCAAUACAAAUUGUUACUGUAAAAUGAGAAAUAAAGUGCUUUGUUGGAAUAAA